GUCGAGGAAGCGAGCCGACGUUCAGCCUUUUUCUCUCGCGAGGAAGGACGCCGUUAUCGGAAUCCCUACAAACAACACGAGAAUUCAUCAUUCACACGGUCUGAGUGAUGUCGGACCAAGAUUUGGCAGAGAUGGUACAGAUAGCAGUGGAGGACUUGGGCCAAGGCGACCAGACUGAUGUUUUGGACAAUCAUGAAGAUUGUGAUGACAAGCCUGACAGGAAAAGGCCAAGGGUGGACAACAGCUCCCAAGACGCAUCUCUAAAGACCUUGUUGUACUCCAUUAGCCAGACGAUCUGCCAGCGUCUGGACAACAUGGAGGCUAAGCUGCAGAUGGUGGAGGCGACGUGCCGGGCCCUGGAGAGGAAGCUGGAUGCUGUGGUCAACAAGAACCAGGCGCCCAUCCAGGUCCCCAUGGUGGCCGGCUCCCCUCUGGGUGCCACCCAGACCUGGAAUAAAGUGCGUUGUGUUGUUCCACAGACCAAUGUGAUAGUGAGCCAAGAUCGACCGAAGGGCCAGGAGGAGCCAGUAACUCGAGGGGCAGAUUCCCUGGAGAACCUCCUCAGCAACACGGUGGGCGGGCGGAGGCAGAACACGUUCCUUGUGAAGGUGCCGGCGCCGGAGGACAGCCAGGAGGACCAGGAGAGCGGUUCAGAGGCCAGUGACUCUGUGUCCAACAGCGGCCAGACCAACAACGCCCAGAGCACCCAGAACGUCACCCUCAUCACCCUCAACUCAGAGGAUGACUACCCAGCAGGUACGUGGCUUGGCGACGAGAACAAUGCAGAGAUGCGCGUGCGCUGCCCGGUGUCGCCGGGCGACAUGCUCCACAUCAGCACCAACUGCCGCACGGCAGAGAAGAUGGCACUGACACUGCUGGAUUACCUAUUCCACCGUGAGGUGCAGGCUAUCUCCAACCUGUCGGGCCAGGGCAAGCACGGCAAAAAGCAGCUGGACCCACUCAUGAUCUAUGGAGUACGCUGUCACCUGUUCUAUAAGUUUGGCAUCACUGAGUCAGAUUGGUACCGUAUCAAGCAGAGCAUCGACUCCAAGUGUCGCACUGCAUGGAGACGCAAGCAGCGCGGCCAGAGUCUGGCGGUCAAGAGCUUCUCCAGACGUAGUGCCAACGCACCGGGAAGCUCAGAGGGUGGCGCUGUGGUGGAGGCAACCCAGCAGACUCUACACUACACCCUGGCCAACCAGGCUGUCCAGCAGGUCCAGAUCCAUCGCAUAGGAGAGGACGGACAGGUGCAAGUGAUCCCUCAGGGACAUCUCCACAUUGCCCAGGUGCCACAGGGGGAAGAGGUGCAGAUCACACAAGACAGUGAGGGGAACCUUCAGAUCCACCAGGUGCAUGUUGGGCAGGAUGGACAGGUGUUGCGUGGGGCCCAGCUGAUAGCGGUGGCGUCAGCUGACGGGGGGGCCACAGCAGUGGAGGGCUCCCCCCUACAGGCCAGUGACAUACAGGUGCAGUAUGUCCAACUGGCCCAAGUCAACGACCACACCACUACUGUACAGGCGGCGGAGCUGGCCCCAGCAAUGCAGGGUGAGAUGGAGGUGAAGGAGGGAUCCCUCCAUCUGCCAGCGGGGGAGAACGGGGAGGUGGUGCAGAUCGUCACCUCUGUGGGGACAUAAGGGCCCCCGAGGGCCUCGAGACAGAGAGAGAGAGAUGGCCAGCACCCUACGACAGAGUUACAGAGGUGUAGGUGAAAGGGAUGGAGAAGUGGGGGUGGUCCAUAGACAAUAUACAAUUAAAUUUAAUUUUGUAAAUUGUAAAUUAAAUAAAUAAGAAAGUUAGAAAAUGUCAAAAGAACAACAGCAAAGAUCAAGAGAAGUGGUUUUGUUAUUUUAUAUUGACUUUGUCCAGCAACCACUCGUUCAUUGUCAACCAACAGUAUGAAAAUGUUCAUAGAGCACACAGUCUUUCAUAGCUUCUAUCAAGAACUAGUUAACUCACAUUGUCGUCAUCAGAAGAGGACCCGGAGACCUGGCCUGGGCACAGUGCAGGGGAUUAAACCCUACCCAUAAAGGAUGCUGCUCAGGCAGACCAUCACUACCUACACCUGAGCAUCAGCAUAAAAUGUUUACAUCAACUCUGGGAAAGCAUGGAGCUAUUAGAAGUUAAGCCACUCGGCUCAAUAUCCCUCUCUUGAGGGGUCACAGUAGGCUAGGCUAACCCCCUGGACUCGUACUUCACACAACCAAUACUGUGCUGUUCUCCUCUCUAGCAUCCUGCAAUCGUGUCAUGCUGGACUGCUGUGGAAAGUAAUACAAGCCUAACGGUACUUACUAAUGGUUGUGUUUUCUUUGGCUUUUUUUCUUUCUCUCUGUUUGUGCAUCAUUUCUGGGAUGGACCCUUACUUUCUUCGCCAUUUUUUCCUAGCUUUUUUUCAUAUUGGUUAACCCACAUAGCUUUUGUUUGUUUGUUCCAUGUACAUAAUUGUACCACAUCUAAAUGUUUGCGGAGCUUUGGUUGGAGGUAGACAACCACAAAAUAGCAAAGAUGAUGUUCAUGAUAAUACAUGACAAUGAGUUACAUGUAGAGUAGCCAGAAUUUCACUUUUUUUGUUUUUCCUGCUGUAUUUCUGUGAAGGAUACAUUCGUGUGAAUAAAAUGUUUUGUGGUUGCCACAAA